AUGAUGGCGGACACAGCCUUACUGAAGACCCCUGCUGGGUGGGGCGACAUCAACGAGGUUGUCUAUGCACCACCUCAGAACGUAGCGGGAGAUGCGACGUGGCUCUCUGUCUUUUGCAUGUGGCUUACGUUGCCGAUCAGCUGUGUUCAGGGCAUCAUUGGAGGUCUUUGCCAGUUUUUUAUGGCCUUCUUCGUCCUGGGCUGCUAUUGCUGUCAGUGUAUCCCGCAGUGGCUAUGUUGUUCAUCCAUGGGUUCCGCCGAGUGUGGCCGACCUUGCAUUCUGGCUCCCGCCUGGUGGAGAUAUGUCAUUGGGGGCUUGACUGCGCUGAUUGCCCAAAGCAGGAGCCGGCUGGCACUCUUUAUUUGGGAAUGGAAGGCUUUUGGCAAUGGCGAUCAUUUCUGGCACGGCGAGGGCUUUUGGUCUGUGACUUAUAAGGAGUGCAGUGACAUCAUGAAGUCUAAUCAGCGCCGUUCCUCCUCCUUCGCUUGCAUUCAGGCAUGCGUACCUGAUUUGUUUGCGACCAACAUCCUCCUUUUCCUGUCGAACAACGGCCCGGACAGCGAGUGGGCAUAUCUCCGCAGUGCAUUGCACUCAACCCUGUUGGACCAUGGUUGCAGAGACUACAUUGACCGGCAGAAGAAGUUGCGCUCACUGGUCGCAAACGAUUGGCCAAAUCCAAAAAUCAGCGAUCUCAGCGAUAUUGAUAAGAUCCGCUUGACAGUCAGCAAAUGCGUUUUCUACAUGAUGUUCGGGAUUUGGUUUUCAAAGGAAGAUGCAGAGAUUCUGAAAGGCUGGCGAGAUAUGGCAGUGUACUUUGUUCUGCCGCGCUUGGUGCACCGAUUCCUCUUCAAUUUCGGCAUCUGCCGAGUGCAGGGUCUUCGUGUCAAGACGGUCGGCUUGAUCGAGAAGCAUGGUUUGGAAUCCUUCAUUAUGGACAUCAACGAAAAGUUGCCUGAAAAAUAUCGAAGGACCCCAAUUGUGAAGUUGUGCGAUGAGAUGAUGUUUGCAGUUGGUUUCGCCGGUAUUGGAGGAACAUCUGCAUGCUGUGAGACAGUGGGAGCUUUCCUCCAACGAAAGAUUCCUGAAGAAGCCAGUGCCCACCUCAUCAACUUUGAGAAGUUCCCAACAAAUGAAUCCAUGGUGGAAGCCUUCAACAGCAACCCGAUUGCAUACAUCAAGGAGUCCUGCCGUAUAGAUCCUCCUGUGACCAGUGCGACCAACGUCUCCAAAGAGGAAAGGGUGAUCAAAUUGCGAGGAAGGGACUACACCAUGUCGGAGAAUACCUUGAAUCAGUAUGUGCUCUCCAUGGCCAACCGUGACCCCAGCAUCUUCCCCAAUCCGGAUGUCUUCGAUCCAAGCCGCAAGGAGCUCAGCCAGGCGCUCACCUGGAACGGAGCCUUCGGAACCCCUGACGAAGAGAAGGUGUAUCCACGAAUUUGCCCAGGAAGAUACCUAUCCCUCGACGUUGCACUUGCCGUUGUGGGUCAUGUGACUGGACUCAAGGAGGGAUCAUACAAACUGCCCUGA